GCCUUCCCCCGAGCCUGCAUCCAGCCUCCCUCCGGCCUUUGUCUCGCGGCGGCGGCGGCAGCAGCGGCAGCUCCGGAGCUGCAGGUGGCGCCGUGUGCCCCGAGCCCAGAGCUGGGCGGGCCCUACUGGGCUCCGCGCUCUGAGGGUGCCGGGCGGGACCGCCGCGGCGCGUCCCCGGAGCUCUGGCUGCCUGAGGCGGGAGCGCGAGCGCUAGGCGGCCCGGCAUGGGGCUCUGCCUGCCCUGCCUGGGGGGAGCCGCCGAGGACGUGGUGGAGACGCCCGACCCGGAAAUUAAGAGAAGACAACUUGCAGAAGCUGCAGAAAAGAGGCAAAUGGAGGCCACCUCUCGGGGUGUUAAGAACCCAUAUUCUGUGGAGCAGAAGAAAAAGAAACAGGAGGAAAUGGAGAAACAAAUUGCAUCUUCAAGCUCUGGAGGAGGCGGCGGUGGCGGACUUAGAUGGCAGGUUGGAUAAAGAAGUGUGGCAUUUGAAAAGAAGAGGAUCAAAUACUGCCAAUAACUUGCCAGUUUCUGCAGCUGAGUGGCACUUAUACAUUGUGUGGCUUUUGCUGUUUGCAUAUGAAGAUUCAACAGUACUUUGCCAUUGCAGUACGACAGAGGAUAGAGGUGUACGCUAAAAAUAUUUUUCAAACAAAAAUCUCAGAAUGCAAAACAAAGGUGGCCAAAACUUGCCAUUUUUUAAACCGUCUCAUGCUUCAACUUUUGGGUGGGGUGGAGAGUGGGAGAUGCAAAGUUAUUUGGGAAUGAACUUAGUAUUUAAUGGUGAUAGAGUGAAUGUAUUAUAUUUCUGCUCUUGAAACUAACAUGCACAGCUUGGGUAACCUUUAGUGUGUGGGGGUUUCUCUUUUUGUUUUAGCAUUUAAAGUUUUGUUGAACUUUGUCUGCCUCUGUGUAAAAAAAGUUAUCUUCUCUAGAUACUUGUGCUGCUGUCCAUCACUUCUGUACUAAUUAUUGGUUAAUUACCUGUGAAUUUAGUGCCUUUAAAAGGCUUUUGGAAAAGCUUGGCUUCUGCAAAUUGAAAUUUUGUGAAAUGUGCUGUAAAAAAAAAAAAGUCGCUUUGAAUUAUAAUCGCUUUACAUGCUUUUACUGAGAUAAAUAUUUUGUGGUCUUAUGCCCGUUCUCUUUUCAUUGAUUCGCCAAUUAUGGAUUUCUUGAGAGUACAUAAUUAUAACAUAACAUGUACUGGAAGUUAAUGCUAUUAGCUAAAUUAAACGUUGUUGGCUAUUUUGUUCUUUUUUGCACCACAAGGGGGUAGUGUUGUACUUCUGGAAAUAUUAAAAAAUGGAAAAGGAAAAGACCUAUUAGGUCAUCUCUUGGAUAGUUUAUUUUCUAAAAGCUUCUGUACUACCUGGGUGGCUUAACUAUAUAUAGUACAAUAAUAUUUGCCAAGUGCUAGAAGCACUUUUAUUGCUCUUUUGUAUCAAGGAAUGUCUGUAAUCCUUUUCCCAAAUGUGAAACUGCUUUUGAUUAUUUACAGCUAACUACACUGGUGUAUUAUGAACUGAUUCCAAAACUAGAAGUGACCUCAGAACACUACUGAGUAGAUGAGGGAAUUUAGAAAUGAUCCUGUUACAAUAAAAAUACAACUUUUAUUUUCCCUGGA